AUGGCCCGAGAAUCCAUGGGACCAGGAAAUGGAGUCUCUGGAAGUAACGCCGGACGAAGAAUAUACUUGCCUAAUGGAUUACAACCUCCGCUCGGACCCACACCAAGAGUCUCAGAACAAACAUUAGAGCCCUCUGAAAUGCCCGAGUCUGCCUCUUCUCAACAACAGGAUGAUUUCGAUGAUGAGAAGAGCCUCGAUGAUGGCAAAUCUUCCCUUGUUCUCGGGCCUAGGGCGGUCGAAGAGCAGUCAGAUCCAGAACGAGAUGUCGAGAAGAACACUACAAAUGGUGAGGCCCAAAAUCGAGAUCCAAAUUUGAUAGUCUGGGACGACCCAAGCGAUCCGGUGAACCCAAUGAAUUGGCCGCGCUGGAAGAAAUGGAAUGUCACAAUGCUACUCGUGUUCAGCACGGCUACUGUCUCUGCGGCUAAGAAGUUUGGUGUGUCUAAUGAAGUCAUGGUCCUAGGGACUUCACUGUUCGUUCUGGGCUUUGCCGUCGGCCCACCUGUCUGGGGUCCUCUCUCCGAACUUUACGGUCGUAAGAUCCCCCUCUUUACCGGCUUCUUCAUCUUCGCUAUCUUCCAAAUCCCCGUCGCUGUGGCCCAGAACCUUCAAGCCAUUAUGCUAUACCGUUUCUUCGGCGGCGUCUUCGGAUCCGCUCCCCUAGGCACCGUUGGCGGCACCUUAACCGACUUCUGGGGUCCCGUUGAUAGAGGCGUCGCCAUGGCCAUCUUCGCAGGCGCAACCUUCAUCGGCCCCGCCGCCGGCCCCAUCGUCGGCGGCUUCAUAGUCCAGAGCCAUCUCGGCUGGCGCCGGACAGAGUACCUCACAGCCAUAAUGUCCUUCUUCUUUGGUACCAUCGACCUGCUCUUCAAAAUCCGCCACGAAACCCGCAACUGGGCUGUCCACGCUUUGUCCGACGAACAGCAAGUCGACCUCCAUUCCAUUGCACAGAAAUACCUCAUUCGUCCCUUCGCCAUGCUCGCCCUGGAGCCAAUCCUCGAUCUCGUAACCCUGUACAUGUCCCUCAUCUACGGCACCCUAUACCUCUUCUUCGAAGUCUAUCCGAUCGCUUUCCAAGAACAACGAGGUUGGAACUCGGGCGUCGGCGCCCUCCCCUUUCUCAGCAUCACCAUCGGCGUACUCCUUGGCGGCGUGAUCAUCGUCUGGACCUCCAAAACGCGAUUCGCACGCAAGCUCGAGAAACACGGGCGCAUUGUACCCGAGGAACGCCUGAUUCCCAUGAUCAUAGGCGGCGCCUUGUUUCCGAUCGGGAUGUUCUGGUUUGCGUGGACAGCCGAUAAGGAUAUAACUUGGGUGCCACAGGGGCUGGAUUAUAUUAUCGAUUGCUAUUUGAUAUAUGCGAACAGUGCGAUUGCAGCAAAUACGUUUGUGAGGAGUUUGUUUGGAGCGGGGUAUCAUACCCUAGGCGUCAAUUGGUCAAGGAGCUUGUUAGGGUUUUUGACCGCUGCUCUGUUUCCUGUGCCGAUUUUGUUCUACUUUUAUGGUUCGAGGAUUCGGGCUAUGUCAGGGUAUGCUCCCUCCAGGUAG